AUGCCUGCAAGUACAAAUAGUGCUGGUCCUUCAGCAGCUAAAACCGAUCUACAAGGACUUGAACUGGCGGAACAUCACUUUGGUCCCUUACUUCACCCAAUUCGCGCCACACAGAACGCGUGGACCAAUUAUUCCAUCAAUCGCCUCCAUACCAAUCAAAAAUACCACACAGCUGUCUCGGUGUCACGCAAGGGCUUUGAGCAUGGCUCAGAAGACGGUUCUGAACAGUAUGCAUACGACAAGUGCUCCAAUGAAGCUUGGCUUUUCGACAGCGUCAAAGCAUGCGUUUCUCAGAUCGAGGAUGAAAUGGACAUUGAGAACGGCAUCCUUCAGAAAUGCAUCACCUUUUUAUGGAAUGACACGGUGCUCGACGACGAGGAACCGCGCUCCACUGAUCAUAUAGUUAGGAUCUACUCACCCACUACGCCGAUGUACAUUGAUGUGCAUCUUAAACACCACCGCCGCUCGCGUCGGUCAGAGGUCGAAUGGCAGUAUUCCCUCGGGUACAAGAUCCAACGCCGCCCAUCUGCGAUGGCAGACAAUGCAGUUACUAUCAAAAAAGAGCUCAAGAUGGGCGGUCCUCCGCAUGUGUACGCAUACAAUGGGUGGCAGACCUUAUGCUGGGGUUGCUAUGAUGAGUGCGAUUGGAACUAUGGCGAACGUUGGCACCGCAUCGAGUGCGGAAGAGUGGAGUUACACGAGGAAGAAGUUAUUGACGUUCACGAGGCGUUGUUCGGAGAACUGGAAAAACCUGCUGAAACCGACUCAGAGGCCAUGCUUGCAUAUCAACGAUCACUCGUAAGGGGCAUACGGCUUCUCCUCGCUGCUGUCGGUAUUUCAUAUGAUGUUGCAUGUACUGAUGAUGAAAGUGAUGACAGGCCAUAUGAGUUGAUGCUUGAGGGGCUGAGCGACAAAUGGGUCGCGCGGGGGAUACGAAAUACAUGUGGCCUCCGACUCACCCGGGAUGCAGAAGAAGAGCGAGAAGGUGCCAAGGAACGACGGGAAGAAGCAAAGGGUGACGACGACGAAAGGGAUUAUGACUCUGACUACUGA